AGGGGGAGUGCUGCAUGAGAGGACAGAGAGAGAAAGAGGGAACUGGGCUGGGUGAAAAAAACUACACAGGCUGUGGGACUCAAUGCGACUAUAAAACCGCUUUCUUGCCCAUUGUGUUGAUGUAGUCAAGAAAUAUACCGUAACGUAGCCUACCUACAGAGAGACGGAGAUGGAGGAGUGAGGCGGGACCGGUUUGUGUGGCUGCUAAGAAACGUUUGUCUUGCGGUUUGCGAGCAAACUUUGCGAGGAUAUUUAUUUGUGGCGGGGUCUGCCGAUGACAAUCCUCUGAAACUUUAACUCUCGUGUUUGAGACGCAGCAGUGCACAUAAACAAGACUUGUUUGUUAAUGCUCGUAAAAUAAACGACAGUUCAGAAAUUAGUCUUGCGAGUCUUAUAUCUGUCCUCUAGUCACAGUUGCAAGAUAAGUGGGUCAAUAUUAGAAGAUUUUUUUUUUUUUUUUUUUGCUGAGUAGGCUAGGUCCUCCGUAUAGUUGACGCGGCUGAAAUGGGAGCGCGUGACGGGCGCUCGGUGUCUCCGGUUCACCGGAGCUCUUUCCUCUUGUGGACGCUCUUGCUGCUGAUACUGUGGCUGACAUGCGUCCAGGCGACGUGGGGACCCGGAGUUUACAAAUACCAGACCGGGACAGCACUCCACAAAGAUCUGUCGAAAAGAAACUGGUGUCCUCAGACGGUGACAAAGACUGUGACUUGUCAGGUACAGAAUGGCACCACACUCCAGAGAGUCUAUCAGACUUGCAGGUGGCCUCAGGGUUGCAAUGGGGGAAGCUAUCGCACUGUGGUCCGGCCAUCCUAUAAAGUUGUGUACCGCACCAUCACCUCUCUGGAGUGGAAAUGUUGUCCUGGAUACAGCGGAUCUCAGUGUGAGGAAGGAUCAUCGAGUAACCUGGUCGCCCAGGAGGCUGUAAGGAAACAGGCUACAUUUCUGAAACAUGCUGCUAAAACAGGAGAACAGAUCUCGAACUGUCUGAAUUGCAGUCGUAUCACUGCCCUCACAGAUCGUGUGAGCUCUCUGGAGGCCAAGGUUCAGCUUCUUACAGCCCCUGCCUCCACCUCUCAUCGUCAAACGGAAUUAAAAAAUGAACAUGAUUCCUCCUCCCUGAUGGGGGCGCCACCUGCUAAAGGUGCUCCUGGGGCUCAGGGUCCUGCAGGUCCACAGGGCGAGAAAGGCCAGGAUGGCUUACCUGGUAAAGACGGUAAACAAGGGUAUCGAGGUCUGCCAGGACCCAAAGGAGAGGCGGGUACCAGAGGUCCAUCUGGGGCUCCAGGGUCUAAAGGAACAGCUGGUCCUCUAGGUCCACAGGGACCACCAGGCCUCCCAGGAGAGAGGGGCCUCCCUGGGCCACCCGGCCCUCCCGGGCCCCCUGGCCCACCACUUGAACAAGAUGCUGGCCUGAAAAAAGAUAGUCUCCUACAUAACAACUUCCCCGACCUCCAAGUGACCCCUCCACAUGGACCACCUGGACCCACCGGUCCUCCUGGACCAAUAGGACCCUCUGGACCACCAGGCCCUAUGGGACAAACUGGAAAGUCGGGAGCUCCUGGUUUGCAAGGCCCGGUGGGUCCAAAGGGCGAACGAGGCGAAAGAGGACCUCUUGGAUAUCCAGGAGAGAGAGGGUUUAAAGGAGAGCCGGGAGAGCAAGGCCUUAAAGGAGAGCCAGGGGAGAAAGGUCUUCCGAGCGAUUUGAACGGGGAUGGGAUACACCAAAUUCGCGAGGCCCUGAAGAUCUUAGCCGAGAGGGUUUUAAUCCUCGAGACUAUGAUCGGUAUCCAUGAACCAGAUCUAGGGUCAGGAGAUGGCUUCUUUGGCACACAAUCUCCAGACGUCUACCGGAUUAAGAGGGCAAGAAUGUCAUCUUUGCGGGUCAACUCUCCCUUAAUCACUGCCGAGACCAAGGUUCGAGGGAAGUAGUCUGCAUAUUCCAAAGAGUGAAGCCAUCCUUUCCAUUAUCUGUAAAUCAGCUGAACUGGCAACAACUACACAAGUCCCACACAUAUUACAGAUCCAACCGCCUUGGAGUAUUCCAGUUAAUCCAGAAGGGGGAGACACCUCAGGGAAGACCAUAUGGUGCUGUAUAAAUUAACCACCUCUAAUGGGACUCCACAGGUUCCUAGCACCUCUCCUCUGGCAAAUUAUUGUGGUUUGCCAUCAUGUUGUGUCACUCUUAUGACAUAAUGAACACAAUCAGUCUCAGAAGGAAUUUAUCAACCUAUUGUUUGAUACUCGAUUCACAUGAAAAAAGGUAACAUGUUUUAGAAUACAAUAUAGAGGAACAGUAUUGGUGCUUGUACAAUUGUGGGCAAGAAGGGUACAAAACGUGAUGGCAUAAAUGAUGGAGAUGAAGAACGGUUUAAGGAGAGCAUCAAACCAUAUUAUUAGUCUUUCCAGCUGCUGUUAGGAGCUCAUAGUAACUUCAGCAAAUGUACUGUAAUGAGGAAAAUGCACAUACCGAUUCUGCUAUUCAGCCAAACACCACACUUUCCCCAGUGAUAAAAACUGAUUUCAUAUUCUGUUGCUUGGAUUAAAUGCACUAUGUAGAUAGAGAAUCACCUUGUUCUUCAAAGAGAAAGGACAAUUGAAGGACAUAAACAUGUAUAAACCUUAAUAGACAAUUUAGUUGAAAUAGAAAAUGGCUUUGGGUUUCCUCUCCCUUUUGAAGCUGUAACCAGAUUUGAAUCAGUGAAAACGAAUUGUUUCGAUGGUUUUAAAAUCGUUUUGUUAAAGCAUGAGUUUAAGUGGUUCUGAAUUCAAUUUUAGGAUUCUCCUCUAGUUUAGGACAAUUAUUAAGUAACCCUAAAAUAAAUCAAAUAAAAAAAUUGCAAUUGUGUGACCUAGAGGUCCAUAAACUAAAUAAGAUCUAACUGGAGCACAAGGGGAAGUGGGAAAACUACUCGUAUAACUUGAAUUCUGUUUUUGUGUUUCAUGCAUGUCUUUCCAUCAGUUUCAUGCACAUGCAUAGGACUGGUUUCCUUCGUCAAUACUUUUCCAUGUCUUUGUAUUCCUAUAUAAAUAUUGUUGUAUUAAUUAUUUAUAGAUGAUUAUUAGCGAUUGAUGUUUUCCUUAUUCUGUAUACCAAUUCAUGUAACGUCACCUGUAUUUUUUCAUUUCUAGCCUCGUGUGAAUUUGUCUUGCCAGCGUGCAAAGUCUUACCAAUUGGUGUUAAAAACAAAAUAAACUUUGUUGUGUUUCUUUUUUAAGACAAUCCACGUUUUUAUCAAUACUUAGUAUUUACUGAAUGUUUGACAAUAUUUUAAUAAAGAAUAAUCUGUAGCCAAAAAAA